AGAGCCGCCCACUGCGCGCGCGGGGCCUCACCCCAGUGCGCCCGCAGCUCCACGGACGAGGGCCAUUGGGCCCGGAGGCUGAGGGCGCGGCCGCUCCGGAGAGGCGAGAGAGAACGGCCCCGAGAUGGCCCGGCGAGCAGGCGAUUUGGCGGUGGGCUCCUUACACGUGGUGCGGGCCCGGGGACAGCCCCAGAGCUGGUAGUUGUUGGACGCCAGAUGGACCUUGACCCGAGCCGCAGCACCUCGUUCGUGCCUAGCCUAGACUAGCGGGGCGCGGGCGGGCACGCUCCGGGAGCCCCAGGCCGCGGUGAGUGCGGCCAUGAAGAUGAUCCUGGUGCGCAGGUUUCGCGUGCUCAUCCUGAUGGUGUUCCUGGUGGCUUGCGCUCUGCACAUCGUGCUGGACCUGCUCCCUAAGCUGGAGCGGCGCGCUGCCCGGCCCUCGGGGGAGUCCGGCUGCUCCUGCGCGCAGUCCGCGGCCGAGGCAGCAGCACCGGGCUGGGCAAAGGCGCGGGCCCGCCCCGGGGAGCCUCCGGCCGCUGCCUCCGCCGCCGGGGACUCGGGCUGGCCCAACAAACACACGCUGCGCAUCCUGCAGGACUUUAGCUCCGACCCUUCCUCCAACCUCACGUCCCACUCGUUGGAGAAGCUGCCGCCCGCAGCCGAGCCAGCCGAGGGCGCUUUGCGGAGGCAGGAUCCAGGCGCGCUGAGACCCCGAGACCCCGCGCACCGGCCUCUACUCCCAGACCCUGGUACCCGUCGGUCGCUGCCGCCCCCUGACCCAAGCGGGGAUGGCUCCCUCCUGGCCAGGCUGUUUGAACACCCGCUCUACCAGGUCGCCGUCCCACCGCUAACUGAGGACGACGUCCUCUUUAAUGUGAACAGCGACAUCAGGUUCAACCCCAAAGCGGCGGCAGAAAACCCCAACUGGCCACACGAGGGCCCCGAGGAUGAAGAGUUCUCGCCCACGGGGGAGGCGGCAGUGGACAGCUACCCCAACUGGCUCAAGUUCCACAUCGGCAUCAACCGGUACGAGCUGUACUCCAGGGACAACCCAGUGGUCGAUGCCUUGCUGCGGGACCUCAGUGUGCAGAAGAUCACCAGUGUCGCCAUGAAGUCGGGGGGCACACAGCUCAAGCUCAUCAUGACGUUCCAGAAUUACGGGCAGGCGCUGUUCAAACCCAUGAAGCAAACGAGGGAGCAGGAGACGCCCCCUGACUUCUUUUACUUCUCUGACUACGAGAGACAUAAUGCAGAGAUCGCUGCCUUCCACCUGGACAGGAUCCUGGACUUCCGACGGGUCCCUCCCGUGGCCGGCAGGAUGAUAAACAUGACCAAGGAGAUCCGGGAUGUCACCCGAGACAAGAAGCUGUGGAGAACCUUCUUCGUCUCUCCAGCCAACAACAUCUGCUUCUACGGCGAGUGUUCCUACUACUGCUCCACGGAGCACGCCCUGUGCGGGAAGCCGGACCAGAUCGAGGGCUCGCUGGCGGCCUUCCUGCCAGACCUGUCCCUGGCCAAGAGGAAGACAUGGCGGAACCCCUGGCGGCGCUCGUACCACAAGCGCAAGAAGGCAGAGUGGGAAGUGGACCCUGACUACUGCAAUGAGGUGAAGCAGACACCCCCCUAUGACAGCAGCCGCCGCAUCCUGGACGUCAUGGACAUGACCAUCUUCGACUUCCUCAUGGGAAACAUGGACCGCCAUCACUAUGAGACUUUUGAGAAGUUUGGGAACGAGACCUUCAUUAUCCACUUGGACAACGGAAGAGGGUUCGGGAAACAUUCCCACGACGAGCUCUCCAUCCUGGUGCCUUUACGACAGUGCUGCAGGAUCAGGAGGUCCACCUACCUGCGGCUGCAGCUCCUGGCCAAGGAGGAGUACAAGCUGAGCCUGCUGAUGGCCGAGUCCCUGCGCCAGGACCGCGUGGCCCCGGUGCUCUUCCAGCCGCACCUGGAGGCCUUGGACCGGCGGCUGCGCCUGGUGCUGCAGGCCGUCGGGGACUGCGUGGGGAAGGACGGGCUGGGCCGCGUGGUGGACGACGACCUGGACCCUGCGCACAGAGGCCCCACCGAUAGAUGGGGAAACAGAGACCAGGGAAGGUAAUGUCACUGUCCAAAGGUCAGAGCC